AUGCCGAUGCUGAGCGACCUCACGGUGGCGGAGCAGGUGGCUGCGCUGCCGCCGCUCCCGCAACUGCUGGGUAUUCAUCCUCCUGAGCCCGCCAACCCGCAGACCAAGGUCACACGACAGGCAUCAGACCGGCUGGUGUCAUCUCGCACCGGUGCUUCUUCUGCCAUGAAGAUCUCGCCACCCCAGACCCGCUCUGCGGUCACUCGUUGGCAGCCGUCCUCACGCAUACCGGCAACCAUGUCGCAAACUGUCAAGUCGCUUUCGACUGAAGCGAAGCUUGGAGCUCUGGUGUCCUCACCUGAUGUGCGCGAGGAGGAUCAGCUGCCACUCGCGCCGUCUACGCCGCACCCAGUUGAGUGUUCUCGGAGCAUGCACGAGUGGCGCCGCGUUCAGCAGUCACUGCAGCUACCCAUUGCGUAUCGCACCGAGGAGGACAUUCACCUUUCGCUGCGCCUGCUUCGAUCUCUCCCUCUCUUCGCACCACUGCUUGAUGACGACUUGCUGAUGCUGGCAGAGACAAUGGAAGUGAUGGAGGUGACAGGCGCCGGCACUGUUCUCCUGCGGAAAUGUUCUGUUGAUCAGGCCACUCACUUGUCAAGUUACGCCGGUGUUGCCGCUGCGGAGGUGACAACAACCUGUGCUGAAAAGCUUCCAUGGCGCUCACUGCCGUCGUCGUCGCAUGUACCGCAGGUGCUGGAGGAGGAGGAGGAGGAGCAUGAGCGCUCCCAGCUAAUUUGGACGGUGCCGGCAGCGCACCUGUUCAAGUGCUUCAGGGAGCAAAUGCGCCGCGGUGAGCCGCCGUCGCUGCCGUCGGGGUUUACAGAUGGCGUUCGUACCAACAUCGGCUCUGCACACUCGCCCAUCACGGCGAACAAGGAAAACAGGCGCAGUAUGGGGGCCUCACCGCUGCAGUCUUUGACAGGGGUGGCAAGACUACCAACCACCCGCGUCACUACCGCGCCGCUCUUUUCUCUGGGCGACGACGACGGUGUCGAGGAUGGCGGCGAAGCUUUCGCGUUAGUGUUGCUGAGUGGACACUGCCGCCUCGAGUGGCCUCGCGAACGCGGUCCAAUGGAGGACUCAACCGAGACGUUGCGGUGGCAGAGCUACGAGCUUCAACCGGGAGAUGCCAUGGGCUACGCUUUGAUCUGGGCUGCUUUGCCGCCUGCGGCGCAGUAUGUGACAUCUGAGAGCAGUAGGCUGCUGCUGGUGAGUUCCAAGGGCCGACCUGCUGAGGUGGCGGUGCGCUUGCGGCGAGUGUGCGGCCGCGCCAAUGAGGCGGUGCUCCGCGCGCAGCGGCAAUUUCUCAUGCACAACCUGAGCGUUCAGCUUUUCGACCCUGAUGACCCCGCUUCGCGGACGGCGCACACGACCGGCAGUGGUGAAGGUCGGACACCGAGGGAAUCGCGACCUCACGAUCACGUAGCUGCUACAGUGGUGGAGGCUGCCGCGGCUGCGGCAGAGCCUGCUGUUCCGGGUAUUGCAUCUCUUCUAGAGGAGGCGGCACGGAACUUGAUUCCUAUUCGUGUUCCAACUCAGACGGUGCUGUUUCGUGAAGGCCUCACUCCAGUGACGGAGUGCGCUAUCUACUUCAUUCUGAGCGGCGGCCUCUCCGUGGUUCGCCGUGUCUGGUCGCAGGAUCAGAAGCGGCUCUUGGGCGAGCGGGAUCGGCUCGUGCGUGCGUUGACGCCGGCCACUGGCGUCUGCCCGCCAAUGCCGCCGCUGCCGGCGACGGACAGGAUGGAGAUAGCGCAGCUAAGACCCGGUGACUAUUGUGGUGAUCUCGCCUACCUCAAUGAGGACCCCGACCACGUAACUUCGAUUGAUGCGAAGUGGACGGCAUCGUACUGGCAGAACACCCUGGCCCAGCCUACUGCCCCAUGUAGCCCAGGUGGAAGAUGUGGCGCGGUACCCGAAUGCUCGCACAAUGUCACUACUUCUACGCCUGACGAUGGUGGCGACAGCUCCCUCUUCAGGCGUCACAAGGGUACCGUGAUUGCUCAGCAAGCCUCCUCGCUCUAUGUGCUGCUUCCGCGUGCAGCGGACAGAGCGUUGGUUGGCGCGGUGCUUCAACGCAUGCGCGACCACAUUCACCGCAAGUACGCGGGCUACCGGGAUGUGUUUGCCAACUACGAUAAGGUGUACAAAUGGGCCCUCUACAAGGAACGCGUGCUGUGCGACGUGUCCAAGAAGGCCCCGAUGAACUUUCGUUAG